AUGUUGGCACAUCCUUCUCAGGCAGUCAUCAUUGGAGGUGGCAUCUGUGGCAUUACGGCUGCUCUCGCGCUCAAGAAAGUGGGGAUUCCAGUCGUCGUCUACGAGCUACGGUCAGGCCCAGCCACAGCUGGAGGUGCUGUCAACCUCACUCCCGUUGCUCUCCGCUAUCUCGACCACGUUGGGGCUUUGGAAGAAAUCUACAGAAGAGGAAGCCGGACCAAGGAAGUGACCAUCUUCUCCAUUCCAAAGGCCAAACGACUCGGGGGUUACAAAUUCAAGGCCGACAUCACUGGAUAUCCGGCAGUUCGAGCGACACGGCAUGAUCUUUUACAAUCGUUGCUUUAUGCCUCUGCCAAAGAAAACAUUACUAUCCACUAUUCCGCCAAAUUGACUUCAGUGUCCGAGGACGAGGACAGCAUCACAGCGACAUUUGCUGAUGGCAGAAAGGCUUCAGGGGCAAUGCUGCUGGGAUGUGAUGGCAUCUACUCAGCCACCCGUCUGAAGUAUGUCGACCCUAGCAGAAAGCCCGAGUACACAGGCACGGUCGCAGCAGGAGGAGUGUUGAAAACAGCGACGCUGAAAUCGCCAGUCCACUUUGAGGAUGCCUGUGUGAAUCUAUCCGAACAUGGCUUUCUGGUCACGGCAUACUGCAACAAAGACAGGUCCAACAUGUACGUGGCUUUGUCGCUAGACAAGCAGGCCAAUUCGCAUGAUGGAUGGGACAUGACUCCCGAAGAAGCCGAAGCGACCAAGCAAUACAUGAUUGAGAAAUAUGCCGAUGUCAAAACGCCAGUGAUCAAAGAGAUCAUUCAGCAAUGGGAGGACCAGUUUUACUGGCCGGUCCAUGAACUCAAAGGGAGUGGCGUGUGGAGCAAAGGUCGCGCGUUGCUCCUCGGCGAUGCAUGCCAUGCGAUGCCACCAAAUGGCGAAAGCGCCGGCUUCUGCUUGGAAGACGCCGUAUUAUUGGCCACCGUCUUUGGCAAGCGAGGAGCAAAAGACCUGCAAGCUGUUUUCCAGGAAUACAUUGCGAUCCGCAGACCCGAGAUUGAUUCCGCCCGAAUCGAGACCCAGUCCAGAUGGAAGAGCGCACAAUUCAUGACGCCGUGGCAAUUUCGGCUCCGUCAAGCUAUCAUUCCCUGGUAUCUCUGGUGGACUGAGUCCAAGAGAGAUGCUUUGUUUUCCAAGGAUGUCAGGAAUUCGGUGGUAUAG